AGGCACGGGCGGGGAAUCGCUUCCGAGGGCAGGGGCGGGACGGAAAUGCGUGUCCCGUCGCCAUGGCGGCAGCGGGACAGGCCGUGGCACUGGGGCUGGUGGCCGUGCUGUGGGGCUGCAGCGGCCCGUUCCUGCGCAGAGGGGCCGCGGGGCUGGACGAGGCGCUGGAGGAGCUGCGGGGCCGGGGGCACCUGCGGCAGCUGAUGGCCCAGAUCCGCUUCCUGAGCCUCAACUACAAGUACAUGGUGCCAUUUCUGCUCAAUCAAGGUGGAUCUCUCAUCUUCUACCUCACUUUGGCAUCCACAGACCUGUCCCUGGCAGUGCCUCUCUGUAACUCCCUGGCUUUGAUAGUCACGCUGCUGACCGGGAGGAUCCUGGGAGAGGACAUCGGUGGUAAAAGGGCUGUGGCAGGGAUGCUGCUCACCAGCCUGGGGGUCACGCUCUGCGUCGCUGCUUCGUGAGCAAAGGGCAGCCAGAAGCAGAAGAAGAGAACCUGCUGAGAGGAAACCCCCAGGGCUCUGGCUCUGCACCAGACUCUCUGGCUCAGCUGCACCCAAAAAGCUGCUCUUUGUUGUCAAAAACAGCAUGACAAAAGCAUGGAGUGUAACCCCUGAGCAGCAGAGGGAACCAGGCACGGUGCAGCGACAUCCUGUGUAAUGGCUUUGUCUGUUUCAAGGCAGGGGUGGUGGAAUUGUCCUGUUCAGCACUGGAAGGAUGAUGGUGAAUAAAUCAGUGUGACCUGCUGGCUCUAA